AUGCAGGGUGCCUCCCACAACAUUGCGAGCUUCAUCUUGGCCCGUUUUUUUGUCGGUGCCUGCAUCGCCAUGGCUUCCUUACCAGCACCAGUGUUGGUCGCCGAGAUUGCGUAUCCAACCCAGAGGGGGAAGGUUACCAGCUUGUAUCAAAUGUUAUACUAUGCGGGAGCGAUAGCAUCGAGUUGGAUCACGUUUGGAACCUUCCACAUGCAGGGUUCGACCUGGAGCUGGCGCAUCCCCUCCGUUCUCCAAGCCACAUUCCCCCUGAUCCAGCUAAUUGGCCUCUUCUUUACUCCGGAGUCUCCUCGCUGGCAGAUUUCCAAAGGCAAGCUGGGCGAAGCACGAAACUUUCUAAUAAGGUAUCACGGCGGCGGCGAAGCAGGGCACCCCCUAGUGGAAUUUGAGAUGCAGGAGAUGGUGGGCCGAAUUCAGUCCGAGGAGGAGCUCGCAGGCACUGGAUGGUCCUCGCUGUGGAUGACAAAAGCCGACAAGAAGAGAUUGGCAAUUGUCGCAUUCACCGUAGUCAUUGCUCAGUGGUCGGGAAAUGGAAUCAUUACUUACUACCUGGCCUUGGUCCUGGAUUCCAUCGACGUCACCAGCUCAUUCACCAAAACGUUGAUCAGCGGCAUUUUGCAAAUCUUCAACUUUUUUGCAGCGAUGCUGGGAUCCCUCAUGGUGGACCGAGUGGGUCGUCGGAAGCUGUGGCUGUACUCGACCAUUGGUAUGUUGGUCAGCUACAUCGUCUACAUUGUCCUUCUCACCAUCAUGGUGAUUGUGGUGUAUCUGUUCUAUGCUGAGACCAAGGGACAUUCACUGGAGGAGAUUGCAGACAUCUUUGAGGGUCCCGGUAUUGUUGCGGCCGCUCGCGACGCUCCUCAUAUAUUACUAUCCCCGGGAAACAGUCUCCCAAGGAGCUUACAGAGGUCACUACGGUUGAACAUGUUCAGCAAUGAAAAUCUGGUAAGGGAUAUAAAAGAGGCAAGACGAAAGGACUACUGAAAUUGAUGUAGUCUUUCAUCUGUCAGGGGAGAUGGAUGGAGAACGUUC